AUGCUCUCGUGGCUUUUACUCAUCAACCUUGCGCUUGCUUACGUUUCCCGGCCUGAGCUUGACCCUCCCAAGCUCGAUAUCAAGACCAAUACCGGUAAGAAGGAAGGGUUCUUGUUUGUUGGCCCCUAUGCCGGCGGUUUGACUCAACCUGGCGGCUACAUCUACGACUACAACGGUGAAAUCGUGUGGCUGGGGUGGGGCCGUGUCGCAGGGUGGGCUGGCAACCUCCAAGUGACUGAGUACAAAGGACAAACGGUGCUCCAACUGACAGAUUUGAGGUUUAACAACGGCUGGGGUCAAGGCCACGUCAAGAUCUUAAGCGAAGACUAUAAGACAGUGGCGGAAGUGUUCCCUGGUAACCACCGGUUAAUCGAUAUUCACGAGUUCAGAAUCGUCAGCGACCACUCGGCGGUGUUGACGGUGUACGAGCCGACCAACCACGACCUUCUGAGCGUCGGCGGCUCCACCAACGGGUGGUUGCUUGAGCUGAUCUUCCAGGAGGUCGACUUGAACCUGGGCGAUGUGAUCUUUGAGUGGAAGGCGCUGGACCACGUCAAGCUCAGCGACUCGUUAGUCGACCGUGGCAGCAAGGGUGACACUCAAUUCAACGGAUGGGACUACUUCCACAUCAACUCGGUGGACAAAGACGGCGACGACUACGUGAUUUCAUCGCGCCACUACUCGACAAUCUACAAAAUUGACGGUAAGACGGGCGAUAUCAUCUGGAAACUUGUGGGUAACCAGGCUAAGGUGAAGCUGGACUUUAACCAGGAUUUCAACUUCGACAAGCAGCACGACGCCCGCAUCCACGGCGGCCAGCUCUCGCUUUUCGAUAAUGGUGUCAACACCAGCGACCGCAGUCACGGCAAGAUCGUCGACUUGGACCAGGACAACAAGAAGGCCACCCUCAAAACUGACGUCACCUCGCCGGAUAAGGUCACCGCUACUUCUCAAGGGAACUUGCAAGUGUUGGAUGACGGUUUACUCGUCAACUGGGGGUCUGCUGGUGCCGUCACCAAAUUUGAUCUGAACAACCAAGUGGUAUUCCACGCCACGUUGCCAGCCAACGCCCAAAGUUACCGCGGGUUCCAGUUUGACUGGCAAGGUACCCUGAGCGAAGCUGUCGCCGUGGGGGUCAGCUCGGGCAAAGUGUACGUGUCGUGGAACGGUGACACCAAGGUGAGAGAGUGGGCGGUGCUUUCGGGCGACUCCAAGGUGGCUCUGGCUAAGCGCCAAGGGUUUGAAACCGAAAUCGACUACGGCACUAAAGGCACCUACGUCGUCGCUGGCUACGAUGGCCAAGGUAACUUAUUGGGCAAGUCCCUGCAAUUCACCAUUUGA